AUGCGAGCCCCGCAGGUCACGGGCAGCAGGGGCGACUAUAACUCCACGGGCACCGUCGCCCUGGCCCUUUUCAAGUACGGCGAGACCUACAACAUCCGCUACUCUGUGCACGUCUGGCGGCUCGACCGCCCAGAAAUUCCCAAGAAAGCCACCGUGCAUUACGGCACGCGCUUCACCACGGGCCCUGUUCAGAUCGAGUUCUCCGACAACAAAUGGGUCAACAUGACCAGCAACUACCAGCGCCCCAACCGCCCCAAGCUGUACACCUACGUGAUUGCGGGCGUGUGGCAUGACGUCGCGAAGAUCAAGGCUGCGAAUGGAAAGUCUCUCGAGGUGACAAUGAAGGCGAUUAUCGCAGCGCCGCGGCAGUACUAUGCGCUUGUGACGGCGCCCUCCCACCCGGACGGUGCCAUUCGCGGCCAGUUUCAUCGCUCCCGCUAG